AUGUUACGUCGCACACUGCAAUUCGCUUUUGCGUACGCGAAAUGCCCAACUAUCGUGAAUGAGCCAAUGGACACAUUUGAAGCUGGAAGUGUCUCUGCGAAUGGUACUCUGGAGGCAUGCAGGCGUAUGCGCGAGAGUGUAACGGACUGCCCAAUUGUGAUUGGCGGGAAGGAGUACCGCACUGACAAUGUUAUUCGCCGCACGAUCCCGUCCGACCACAAGAAACACCUUGCAACGUCGUACAAUGCCACGCCAGAGUUGGCACAGAAGGCCAUUGACACCGCACUACAAGCUUCACGCGAGUGGAGCCAGACAUCCUUCAGAGAUCGUGCGGCCAUCUUUCUUCAUGCGGCCCACCUUAUCUCGACAAAGUACCGUCAUGAACUGCGGGCGGCGACUAUGCUGGGACAGAGCAAAAGUCCUUUUCAGGCGGAGAUUGACGUGAUCGCGGAAUCGUGCGACUUUCUACGUUUCUCAGUGCAUUAUGCGGAGAAUUUGUACCGCGAUCAGCCACUCUCCCCAAGCAGCGGAGCCGUUUGGAACUCACUUGACUACCGCCCACUUGAGGGUUUUGUGUCAACCAUUGCGCCAUUUAACUUCGCAGCGAUCGCAGCAAACCUCGUUGCUUGUCCCGCAUUGAUGGGUAACGUUGUACUCUGGAAACCAUCCCCUCAUGCGGUGCUUUCAAAUUAUUUGCUGUAUAAAGUAUUCGAGGAGGCUGGUUUACCCGCGGGUGUGGUGAACUUCUUGCCAUGCGAACCAGACGUCAUGACCAAUUUUGUGAACUCCCACCGCGAUCUGGCAGGAGUUGCAUUCACCGGUUCGACGAAAGUUUUUAUGUCUAUUAACAAACAAAUCUACGCACGAUUGGAGGAGUACCGCAACAUUCCACGUAUAAGUGGUGAAACGGGUGGAAAAGACUUCCACCUCGUUCAUCCGAGCGCCGAUUUGAAACUUGCGGCGGCUUUGACAGUACGUGGGGCGUUUGAAUUUCAGGGCCAGAAGUGUAGCGCCACUUCGCGGCUAUAUGCCCCCAAGAGCCGAUGGGAAGAAUUGAAGAAUUAUAUGCUUGGUGUGCACGAACAGCUCAAGAUGGGUCAGCCAGAUGAUUUCAAGAGCUUUAUGUGCGCCGUUAUCGAUGAAACUGCCUUUGAACGGAAUAAAAAGUAUAUAGAUAUUGCCAAAUCGAGUCCAUCAACGUAUUCUGUUAUUGCUGGUGGUGGAUACGAUAAGACGGAGGGUUGGUUUGUGCAACCAACAAUCGUUGAAUCGAAGGACAGUCAGGCACAGCUAAUGCACGAAGAGAUCUUUGGACCCAUCUUAACGGUGCAUGUGUAUGAUGACAGCAAGCCAGGAUUCUGGUCGGAUGUGUGCGAUGUCGUCAACCGCUCCACAAAGUAUGCACUCACUGGCAGCAUCUUUGCGCAAGAUCGUCAGGCCAUUCGUGAUGCAACAACAAAACAUUUGCGUUACGCCGCGGGGAACUACUAUAUCAAUGACAAAUGUACCGGUGCGGUCGUGGGCCAACAACCUUUUGGUGGUGCUCGUGCGAGUGGUUCAAAUGACAAGCCCGGCAGCCCUCUUUUCCUGACUCGGUGGGUUUCGGCACGUACAAUUAAAGAAAACUUUGACCACAGCACGCAGGUGUCGUAUCCUCACCAAUUGCCAGACCGCCUGUUUGUUUAG